AUGCCUCGCAUCCUCUUUGUCAGCGGCUUCCACCCCUCCACACGCGCAAAGGACCUCGCCUACGAGUUCGAACGGUAUGGCCCCCUCGUCCGCUGCGACGUCCCCGCCCCGCGCAACCCCCACGCCAACUCCAACCCUUACGCCUUUGUCGAGUUCCGCUCCCAGCGCGAUGCCGAAGAUGCCUACUACGACAUGCACGGCCGGAGUUUCGAAGGUUCCCGCUUGAGCAUCCAGUGGGCCAAGAACCCUCCCUCCUCAGUCUGGCGCUACGACCGGCGCUCGCCCCCUCCCCGCCGGGACCGCGAGCGUUCCCGCAGCCCCCGCCGCCGCACCGACCGCGACCGCGGCGGCGACCGUGACCGCGAGCGCGAUCGUGGCGCGGACCGUGAGCGGGACCGCGGGGCAGCGGACGACAGGGACAAGGAGCGCGACGACCGGCGGCGGCGCAGCCGUAGCCCUGAGCGCCGCCGGAGCCCCGAGCGCAGGCGGAGCCCGACCCCCGAGAAGCGCAAGGAGGACCGGGCAAGGACGCCUCCGCCUCUCGACGACGCUCCCCCCGCAAAGGAGCCCUCGGAGGAACGUGAGCGUGACCGAGCGCAGACCCCGCCGCGCGACUUCUGAGUGCCCGUGUUAUUCUUUGAAUGCCGAAAGUGAAUUGGUGGUGGCGAGAGGCCCUCUGUGGCCGCAAUUAUGAGCUACGAUACUGCUAGCACCUGUCGUCGUGUAAUUCAGACCGUAAUCGUAUGAAAAUGUGAUUGUCC